AUGAGUGGUUGUUGGGAAGGUGAUGAUGGAUCGUGUUAUAUGAUUGGUACUUGUCAAACUCAAAUAUAUUGGUUAGCAAUUGAUAAAAAUAAUAGAUGGGCACAUGUUCGUGUUGGUACAUACAAUAAUAAUAUUAUUAGCAUGAAUUGGGAUGAUUUAAUUAUUGGUCAAAAUAGAAUUCAUGAUGCAAUAGAAUGCAGAAUUAUAUCAAGUAAUAAAAUUUUAAUCGUAAAAUGUAUUCAUGGUCAAUUUUUAACAAAAGAAUUAACGAAAAAAAGUUAA